AUGUUGCUGCUGCGUUUCUUUUUGCUGCUGCUGCUGCUGCUGCAGCAGCAACAGCAGCAAAAGCAGCAGAAUAUAUUUGUAUCAGGAAUAGUAUGUGAGAUAGAUGCACGUGAUGGAUUAGAAGCAGCAAUAGCAUCAGCAGCAGCAGCAGCAGCAGCAGCAGAGAGGCAGCAAAUGAUGCGCAUGCUCCCCUUAUGCAGAGUUCCUUACUUAGUUAAUUCACAAUUACCUCCUAAGGAUGUACCUCAUGUAGGCAUGGAGAAAGGAGGAGUGGUGACGAUAGAUUUACAGUUGUUGCCUGGUGAUUAUAAGAACAGUAUGCCAGCAGCAGCACCAAGAUUCGCUAGAUCUCCUCGUAUGCUUCCUGCUGCUGCUGCUGCUGCUGCAGCUGCUGCAGCUGCUGCAGUAGCAGCACCUGCAGCAGCAGCUGCAGCAGAAGACAGCAGCGGGUAUGCUGCUUACAAGGAGCAUCAGCAGAAGCAGCGGCAGCCUCCCUUCCGUUAUGCGGAGGAACGCCACAGCAGCAGCAGCAGCAGCAGCAGCAGCAGCAGCAGCAACGAUAUCAGCAGCAACGACAACAACAACAGCAGCAGCAGCAGCAGCAGUGCUAGUGUGGCUCCCCCAACAUCGAUGCUGCUGCAUACAGAAGCAACAGAAGGGCCAUUUGCUGCUCUUGCUGCUACCUUCCCUCUGCUAGUGCAUGCAGGCCGUCGUCUUUCUUACUUCUUUUCUUCUUCUUCGCAGCAGCAGCAGCAACAGCAGCAGCAGCAGCACGGGGACACCUCUAAUGCUGCCUAUAGCCAGAGGCGCCAUCUGCUGCUGUCCUCCAUCUCUCCGGCAUUUACGCAGCAACCUGCUGCUGCUCCUGCUCCUGCUGCUGCUGCUGCUGCAGCAGAUGGGCAGCAGCCGUCGGCAACACCAGCAGCAGCAACACCAACAACAACAGCUGCUGCUGCAGCUGCAGCAGCAGCAGCAGCACAAGAUACUGCAGCAGAAGCAGCAGUUGCGCCUGUUAUGCGGCUGCCUAGGAGGAGGGACUGCAGCAAGCAGCAGCAAAAAGGACAAUUGGGGUGUCCAGGGGAUGAAGGGGAUAUUCCAGAAGAAGACGAUGCAGCAGCAGCAGCAGCAGCAACAGCAGUGCGGCAGCUGUCAACAGAUGAAGGGGAGGAAGCUGAUGGUCUUGUUACUACCGUCAAUAACACCUUCUUGCUUCUUCUUGAUCACGCACAACUUUAUUUCUUGGAUACACAUGAGAGUUGGUUACCUUCCUUUACAGCAGAAGAUGGUCUUGUAUUAAAUAGUUAUGUUCCUUCUAUGAUGGGCAUUAGUCUUAUGUAUUUGUCAAUUAAGUUGUUGGAGGGGACGUAA